CGAGGUUCUAAAUAAACAAAACGUUUAGCCUGUCUUCCCUCUACUUUACUGCGAAUUAUAUCCAUUAUACAGCGGAAUGCCACUUAAACUUCUUUAUGAUGGCAAGGGCGCGGAUCAAAGCCUAGAGCCCGAGAUUGAUAUAAUUGCUGUCCAUGGUCUCAAUCCACGCGAUAAAUCUGACGACGCACUGCAAUCAUGGAUCAGAAACGAUCACUUGUGGCUUCGGGACUCCCUUCCCAAAGCCAUACCCGCCUCUCGAAUAAUGCUCUAUAAGUACGAUUCAAGCCAAGUAUUCAAUGCGGACAGAAGCCCUUUCAUUGCCGAAGCAACAGCAUUUCUUGGCAGUCUCUGGGUGAAGAGAAGAGAAUGUCCAAGUCGACCUCUUCUCCUGAUCGGACACAGUCUCGGUGGCAUACUUAUCAAGCAAGCCAUUGUUAAUGCUCACAUGGAUACUAAAUACGAGGACUUGCGCAAUUCGAUCUUUGGUUUGGUUUUCAUGGGCACCCCACACUAUGGAUCGACCAGUCAAUCCAAGACUAUGUUCAGCGAAGCAUGCGCCAAGAUCAUUCGGACGUUGAACACCAGCGUGGCAGAUGGUGUUUUGAGGGCCAUAGAAGAAAAUUCUACCUUUUCGGACAUACUGCAGGACCAUUGGAGAAGUAAGCUUGAAAGCUAUCGAUUUAUCUCAUGUUACGGAACAAAUGACAAUGUUGUGCCUUACGAGUACGCCAGACAAAGUCUGUCUGAUAGCCGAGAAACAGUCAUCAAGCGGACUUCAGACCAUGUUGGAAUCUGUCGCUUUGAUCCAAGCGACGACACAGAUGAAGAAGAAUACGAGGAACUUGUUGUGAACAUGAAAAGUCUAUGUGAAGAUGUGUUGAGAGCAGGUGCGAGUCAUUUGGACCCUUUUAAGCCAAUGAUACGGUCUACAUGAUGUCUCAG